AAUGAUAAAAUAUACUGAUGAAGGGAAAAAGGGAGGAUGAGGAGCAAAGUGAAAGACAGUACACAGUUCUUACAAAUCCGUCUUCUGACAACUCACAUUACAGGGAAGAAGAUAAAUAAAAUAUUAGUCUAAGACGCCGACGACUCAGCCGAAGCCAACUCCUCUCUCUAAUUCUUGGUUCGAUUUUUCUUUCCUUUCAGACCAACCAGCUAUUUUCUUUUCCAUCUCUCUCACCUCCUGGAUUUUUGUGAUUGAGUGGGAGAGAUAAUGUCCGGCGGAGGAACGCAGAAGAGCUUUAGGAAAGCACUGGGAGCCAUUAAGGAUACUACCACUGUUUCAUUGGCUAAGGUCAAUAGUGAUUACAAGGAAUUGGACAUUGCUAUAGUCAAGGCUACCAAUCAUGUUGAGCGUCCUGCAAAGGAAAAACACAUUAGAGCUAUUUUUACUGCUAUUUCAGCUACUAGGCCUCGUGCUGAUGUUGCAUAUUGUAUCCAUGCUCUUGCAAGACGGUUAUCAAAGACACAUAAUUGGGCUGUUGCAUUGAAAACUUUAAUUGUCAUUCAUCGUGCUUUGAGGGAAGUGGACCCCACAUUUCAUGGGGAGGUCAUCAAUUAUGGUCGAAGUAGGAGCCAUAUGCUUAACAUGGCUCAUUUUAAAGAUGAUUCCAGCCCAAAUGCAUGGGAUUAUUCUGCCUGGGUGCGGUGUUAUGCCUUAUUUUUGGAGGAGAGGCUGGAAUGUUUUCAUGUGUUGAAGUGUGAUGUUGAGACGGAUCGCCCUAGAACCAAAGAUUUGGACACUGCUGAAUUGCUGGAGCAUUUGCCAGCUCUGCAGCUGCUUCUGUUUCGAGUUCUUGGUUGUCAGCCACAAGGGGCAGCAGUUCAUAACUUUGUGAUUCAGUUGGCCCUUUCAUUGGUUGCUUCUGAAAGUAUUAAAAUCUAUCAAGCAAUUAGUGACGGUACAAUCAAUUUGGUUGACAAGUUCUUUGAGAUGCAACGCCAAGAUGCUUUGACGGCCUUGGAUAUAUACAAGAGGGCUGGGCAGCAGGCUGAGAGACUGUCUGAAUUCUAUGAAAUAUGUAAAAAUAUUGACAUUGGAAGUGGAGAAAGGUUUAUAAAGAUUGAGCAGCCCCCUGCUUCAUUCCUACAAACGAUGGAAGAGUAUGUAAGAGAGGCUCCACGUGGUUCAACAUUUCGGAAAGAUCAGGUGGCUGACAAUAAAAUUGCUGCCCCUAAGGAAGUUUUGGCCACAGAGUACCAAAAGACCCCAGAGGUGGAGGAGGCAAGGCCACCCUCACCUCCUCCCCCAGAACCGGUAAAAGUAGAAGAACCGGUUGCUGAACCUCCUGAUUUGUUGGGUCUGGAUGAUCCUGCUCCAGUUGCUUCAGAAUUAGAUGAGAAGAAUGCUCUUGCUUUGGCUAUUGUUCCAGUUGCCGUUGAGCAACCAACUUCUGUCGCUCCCAAUCAUACAAGUGGAACUACGGGCUGGGAAUUGGCCCUUGUUACUGCUCCAAGUUCAAAUGAAAGUGCCACCACUGCUAGCAAAUUGGCCGGAGGCCUGGACAUGCUUACGCUAGAUAGCCUUUAUGAUGAUGCAAUGAGAAGAAACAACCAGAAUGUAAGCUACAACCCUUGGGAGACCCCAGCAAUGGCUGGUCCAAUGGUGCAACAAACAGCACAUGAUCCCUUUUUUGCCUCAGGCAUGGUUGCCGCUCCACAUUCAGUGCAGAUGGCAGCAAUGAUGAACCAACAGCAGGUUUUGUUGUUGCAGCAGCAGCAGCAACAUCAGCAGAUGAUGAUGAUGGCUCAACAACAACAGCUUUCGAAUCCUUUCGGAAACGCAUAUGGAACUGGUGUCCAUACCUAUGGCACAGGUAUGCCUGUUCAAGCCUACAAUCCAUAUACAGGCCUUAUAUAGGUGAUUUAUGCAAGCAAACGGGAAUGGUGAGUUUGGGUAUUCAGAGGCGGUGAUGUUUGAAGAAUAUACAAUUGUGUACCAUAUGUUGUGCAUGUGCAGUGGUAAGGUAGAAUCAAAUUCUUUCUUUAAUAACUUUUGAUUGUUGAUUAUUUAUAUUGAUGAAGAUUGGAAUAAUAUUUUUGUAAACAAGCUGUUGAUGCGGAAGCAGGAAACCUAUUUUUUGUUCAUUAUUGUUAUUAUUAUUAUUCCCCCUUUUACUGUUGUGGUAAGGUUCAUGUAGGUGAUAGAAAUUGAUUUGUAACACUUUUAUUAAUGAGACAUUUAAAUUUGAUCCA